GAGGAGGAGACAGAUAAGUGGAGAGCAGCCCGCGGGGACGGUGGACGGUCUUUCUCUUACAUAAUUAGCGGAACAUUUUUGAAGUACUGAGCUGAACUUACUGCGUGUACACAGCCCUGACAGUGGCGCGUGCUGACGGUUGGAACCGACGGUUUGGAUUUUAUUACAGAACACGAGCCAGCUAAUUUGACACAAUAACGACCGGUCCAGUCAAAAAAAAGAGCCGAUAUGACAAGGACAGACCAUUUUUAAAAAGAUAGACCACCUUUUCUUUUGUUUCUGCUACUUUAAGCCUGGCUGUCAGCGCCUCAUCGCAUGAAACUGAAAAUGCGUCGCGUUUGAACUUCACUUCCAAAAGUGGAUGUGAUCGUCAGCAAUCAGGUUUCAUUAUCCAUUCAUGGGAAGCAGCCCAUGGACCUAAGUGUGACCCAGAGGUUCUUACAUCGCAGCCCAGAUUCGGCCAUGCUGGCCCCCCGCCCUCCCUUCUUCCUUGGACCCCUCACCUCUCAGCAUUGCUCCAAGUUUUCCCAGCAGCACUUGCAGUUAAACAUUGAACACAGGCAAAGAGAGAUGGAGGAGGAGAAAAGAGAAGAGCUACAACAGCUGAUUCGAAAGAAAAAAGACGAGCAGAGUGCUGUAGCCAGUCCUCUGGUAAGGCAAAAACUUCGGGAACAUAUAAUUAUGAAGAGCCAGCCCCCCCAUGACAGGGUUACCCCCAACCACUGCAGUCCUACACCAGGAUACAGGCUCCCGGUUCCUGACAUGUCACCAAAGCCUCACCCUAUACCCUGUGACCAGCGUAAAGACCUUGCCCUGCGUAGGACAGUCUCUGAGCCCACUCUGAAGUGCAGGAUAAGGAAGCUCAUCAGUACAAGGCCAAACCCGCUGCAGCGAAAGAUCAGCGCCCCUCCUGCUGUCAAGCACAGGACAGAAACUCUGGAUUCUUCCCCCAGCAGCAGCAGCAACCCAGCAUCAGGGUGCAGCUCACCCAACGACAGCCCCCUUUCAGAUAAUGGCUCACUGGCUCAUGAGGCACACAAGUUGCUGCUGAAGGAUGGUAGUUUGGCCCAUUUCACUUUACCUCCCAAUCCCACUGCCAUGCCCAAUAUCACUGCUGGACUUCCUGCACAGGCUGACCUGCGAGUAGCAAGGCCAUUGGCAGUAUCUGCUCUGCAUCAGGUGUACCUGCCUCUAGAAGGAAGCAGUCCAGCCCUUGCUCAGCACCUGCAGCCUGUGCUCAUACUGGAACCGCAUACUGGACUGGUGCACUCCCAACUUGUCUCUCUUCAUAGUUUGAGCUCGGUUCCCAUGCAGCAGCCACAGCAGCAGCCGUCCAGAAGGGAAGGUGUAGUUACCUUGCCCUCUCACAGACCCCUGGAGCGAACACGUUCAGAGCCUCCACCCUACAGCCACCCACCCCUUACUCUGCAUGCCAGCCACACUCACACACACAGUCACUCACACACCCAGCACCACCUGACCCAGCAAUACCACAAGAGCAGUCUGGAGAGGUUCAAGCACAACGCACACCUGAGCAAGCUGACAAGCAAGUCCAUUGAGAAGCCUCGUCUGACACAGAUCCCAUCGGAGGACAUGGACCUGGAGGAGAUUGGCUCGGGAUCUGGCUCAGGGCCAGGGUCCGUGUGUGGCUCAGAACCGGGCUCAGUAUGUGAGGAUGGCUACCGCAGGAGACAGAGCACUACCAGCUCAGACUCAGUUUAUGACACUGAGUCCACUACCUCCUCACGGGAGAGCUUGAUCGAGCCCUCACAUUCUCUCAGUCAGAGACAGGUGAUCCUCAGACCAGGUCUUCAGCUGGACCACCCAGGUGUGCCUGCCCUAAUUUGGCCUCACCAGCCUCUGGUUCGGACCCAGUCCUCCCCAGCCUCCACCUCCCUGCCUCCUCCUCCACAUCCACCCACCACCAUACCUUCCCUCUCACUUUCCAGCCCUGCUGCAGAUGUCCAGCUACGCUUCACCACAGGUCUGGUUUAUGAUGCUCAGAUGCAGAAGCACCAAUGUACCUGUGGGGACAACAGCCGCCACCCUGAACAUGCUGGGAGGGUACAGAGCAUCUGGUCUAGACUGCAUGAAAGGGGUCUCAGGAGCCAGUGUGAGCCCAUCCGGAGCAGGAAGGCCACUCUAGAAGAGCUUCAGUCAGUUCAUUCAGAAAAACAUGUGCUUCUGUUCGGCACUAACCCACUCCAUCGCCUCAAGCUGGACAACCGCAAGCUGGCAGGAAUCUUAUCUCAACGGAUUUUUGUGAUGUUACCAUGUGGAGGAGUAGGGGUAGAUAUCGAUACAAUCUGGAAUGAACUUCACACAUCAGCAGCUUCCCGUAUUGCUGCAGGAUGUGUCACAGACCUGGCACUGAAGGUGGCACAAGGAGAGCUGAAGAAUGGCUUUGCAGUGGUUAGGCCCCCUGGACACCAUGCAAACCACUCCUCCCCUCUGGGCUUCUGUUUCUUCAACUCUGUGGCCAUCGCUGCCAAGCAGCUCCAACACAAACUCAACGUCAGCAAGAUCCUCAUCAUAGACUGGGACAUUCACCAUGGCAACGGCACCCAGGAAGCUUUCUAUAAUGACCCAAGUGUGCUGUACAUCUCUCUACAUCGCUAUGACGAUGGCAACUUCUUUCCUGGUAGUGGAGAUCCCAGUGAGGUGGGUGCAGGUGCAGGCGAGGGCUUCAAUGUGAACGUAGGAUGGACUGGAGGUUUGAAUCCUCCCAUGGGUGAUGCUGAGUACCUGGCUGCAUUCAGAGCUGUGGUGAUGCCCAUUGCCCACGAGUUUUCCCCUGAUGUGGUGCUGGUGUCAGCUGGCUUUGAUGCUGUUGAAGGACAUUCGUCAUCACUGGGAGGCUACAAGGUCACAGCCAAGUGCUUUGGCUUCCUGACCCGUCAGCUGAUGUCACUGGCUGGGGGACGGGUGGUCCUGGCUCUAGAGGGGGGACAUGACCUCAAAGCCAUCUGCGACGCCUCUGAAGCCUGUGUCAGUGCCUUGUUGGGCAUGGAGGUGGAGCCUCUGUCCCAGUCUGUGUUGGACCAGAAGCCAUGUGACAAUGCUGUCCAGUCGCUGAAGAGAGUCAUCCAUGUUCAGGGUGAAUACUGGCAGAGUGUAAAGGACUCGGCCGCCACAGUGGAUCUGUCCUACCUGCAGGCGCAGAGACGGCGGCUGAGACGAGACUCGGACAGCGAGGCCGUCAGCGCCAUCGCCUCGUUGUCGAUGGGAGCUGUCGCCUCUGACAGGAAAGAAAAACUGACAGAGAAAGGUGAUUCUCUCUGAAGAAAAAGUCUCCUGACAGUUGCCUUCAACUCAGUGGAAACACACACACACACACACACACACACACACACACACACAGAACUAUGCAUUGGAACCAUCACUGGAAGCAGAUGUCCUCCUCUUCAGUUCGACCACUGUAUUCACCACCUCGCAAAAACUCCUCCACCUGCGUUACUACUGGCUGCAGUCAGACCACUCUAAUUCAAACACACAACAUUCACCAAUGUUCAUAUUGUCAUGACGCCUCUGCAGUUCUCUGAACUGAGAAAACAUUGUAAAGAAAGACAACCAGAGGCAGAUUUAUGAAGGGUCUUCAUUCUCUUGUGGUGUUGGGUGCCAAUGACAACAUGACAUAGCAUGAACACACACCUGACAAAGCACAGCUCUGCGACUUUAAACAUUCACUUUGUAAAUGACUCCCACAAGACCUGCUCGGACUGUCGGAACCUUGAAGGUAGGCUCAAAGGCGACCUCGACUUACUGAAGCCAAUCACUCAGAGGGGAAGGAGUCGUCCCCGCUGGACGUGCCGGUGACAGAGAGCAGACAUAUCCUCAGCACUUAAAACGCGUCCCGCUAUGAUGAUGUCAUUUGUGACAAAGAUCCCAUGAAGGAAAAGAUCAGCAGUUUCUGAUCGUUUUGCACUGUACCGUUAUGUAAUGUGAACUGGACAAGAUGGAAGAGAUGCAGCCUCACCGGCCAUGUUGACAAUCAAACAUCUUGUUUGCUCGAAUUUCAGGUUAUUGAAUAUUCAUUCAUUUGACCUAUGGCACACAUUUUUGUGAAUGUCAGCACGAGAUUUUUUUUGUUUAUCGUUUAAGAAUCCAGUAAGAGUGAAGCUACAGUGAAGUCUGAGAUACAUAUGUUUCAUAUUGUUUUGUAUGUCCACAUAUUUUCUUAAAUCUUUUUUCUUUCUUUCUUUCUUGGCCUGUCGGGCGAGCACAUGCAGCAAGACUGGAGAUGGCUGCAGUUAUUGUUAUGGCUCCCCGGCAGAUAAAAGGAGACACAGCAGUCUUUGAUGAAGUGCAUCUUAAAUGUGUGGACAUACUGUACUUUGUGUCUGUGGCAUUAGUCACAGUGAAGAGCUAAUACCUCUAGUCACUGGAGUAUCAAUAUCAGGCGAGAAAGUAAUCUCUCCGAAAGCUUCCUGAAAGAGAUUCUUUACACGUCAGUGAGACAGAAAUCACCCGUGAUGCUUCAGUCCCACGUGAGCAGUCAGAUGUGACUGUACACGAGACAGUGCAGACCACACCUUCUCUAUCAGGAGACUAAUUUCUAACAUUUUGGAUGAGACUCAACCAAAGACUUUAUGACAGUCACGGCUUUAAAGUGCACUUCCAGUGCCCUCAGGAUGGUAGGAUCAGAAUGACUUGGGUCUUAAAAUCAGAACUUGUUGUUUGUUAAGUGGACCAGUGUUUGUACCUGUGGAUGAGCAUUCCUGCUGUAUUUUGUAAAUUUAUUUUAUACUUCAGUUUCUUUCAUAAGAAGGACAAACUGAUCCGUCCUUUGUUCGUCACUGACGUAGCAGCGUUCCGUUUACCUGCAGCAUCGGGGAUGUUCUGCUCCCCGGACCAAACAGCGACAUUUUAGCAGUUGGGAUGGAGCAGUAAUACUGAGAUAGCUGAAUAUCCUCACAGUGCAAUUGGACACAGGUUAAGCACAACCAAAGUUUAUGAGAACAAUGUGCCGUCCCUGGAAUGGCAUGGCUUAAAGAACUUCAAAGACUUUGGAGAGUUUGUGAAUGUUUCUUUUUUCUAUCCAAACAGUUGAACAGCACCAAAAGCACAGGAUGGAUAUAUAAACAAAUUCAUUUCUCAAAAAAAAAAAAACUACAUGACUUCUAUUUAUACAUUCAAAAUCUGUGUCUUUGAAGUGCUCUUUGCAUGUGUAACACAAUUUUGACGGUGCUAUGGAUUUUUUUUUUAUUUUAAGUGCAGUAUGUUUGCUCUUUGGUUUCUUUCUUUAUGUUGCAUUGCGUGUAUGCAACUCAAAAACCUGUCAAAUCUUUGUUAAUGUGAUGAAAAUGUGAAAAGACGUGAUGAGAGCGUGGAGCAGUUUCAGCUCUGUGGUAUGUAGGACAGUCUGACAGAGGUGUGCAGCUUUAUGUAGUUUUUGGCAUCCACGACAGUGACCUGACGUUUCUAACAUCUUAUCUUUUGUCUUAAUUCAUGCAAAUGACUUAUUUUUGUAUUUUGAAAAUCACAAAAAUGAACCCUGUGCCUACUUAGAGACCAAAUUAUCAGCCCGUGUGCCUUGAAGUAUCAUGCUGACCAAACUGUGUGACAGACACCUUAACAAAAUGGAUCUUAAUUAAAACUGUCCACUGUUGUCAUAACUGACUCUCUGAUUUUGUUUCUGUACAGUGUAUAUAUGACUUUGUCUUUUCUAUUUUUGUUUCCAAAAAAAUCCUUAAUAAAGGUAAAUUAUAUA